UUCAAAGUUUCUAGGGUUGCACUUGAAGCAGUGUCUUGUUCAUCACAACUGUACAUAUAUCUGCUUAACAACAUCCAAGUGAAGUUCUAAUUUCAAAAUGCCUCCCAAAUUGUCAAAAAAGCAAAAGAAGAUGUUGGCACUGGAAAUGGCUGAUAAAAAGAAACAGGAAGCAGAGAAAGAAAGGAUCAUGCUUAUACAGAAUGAGAAGUUGCGUAUUGAGCAGGAUAAGAAAGCAGCUGAGGAAAAGGCAGUGAAGGACCUGGCAGAGCAGAAUGUUCGCCUGACACAUCUGAGUGAUACACAGAGCAUGUUUGCUCACUUUGAGGGACAGACAUGGCUUGCAGAAACCAGGGCUAAAGAGUUGGAUGAGUGGGAGCAGUACAUGAAAUGUGAUGGUCUACCAGAUCCUGCUAAUGUCCCACAAAUGAAUACAUUCCUUUAUUUGUGGAAACAGGAAGAUGAUGACAUAGAAACUGUUGUCAAGAAGACAGACAUCAUUCUUGCUCUCCUUAAUAAACUUGAACAACUGAUAGACAUGCCUACUGGUGUUAGCGGUCGCCAAGUAGAACACUGGAAAGAGGUGAGGAAUGACUUCCGUGCAGAGCAGCAGCGCCAUCUGGACAAUGCCUGCUACAAGCUUUUGAGCAACAUGGAACAAUCGAUGACACUGACAGGGCUGAAUGAGGCAAGCUUCCGCAUCAAAUCAAGUCACUUGCUACUGCUCCUGUGGGCUCUGCUGCCAUUGCCUCGAGGUCACGCUCCACCACCAGAUGAGCCCAAGCCCAUAAAGACAUGCGAGAUGAGUGAGCUCGGGUUGCUAGUGCAGUUGCCGGGGUCUUUGGCAGAUGUGGACCUGGUGGUGCGGGGCUUGCAUGUCAACUACGACCACUAUUCUGACCUGAGUCCUUCCUGUGAGCUGAAGCAACAGUUCGAUGUUAAGCCAAAUGAUCUCCUUUCUGUGGUCAUUCAAGAAUGGGAACAAAAAGCUGCGCUGCAGCUGAAAGUGGAUGAAGAUAUGGCAGAUCAUACUAAGCAACGCUGUGAGUUACUAGCUAAAAUGACAGCUGUCCCAUCACCACCAAAAACACCAUCUUCUGGCAAAGGAUCAAAGUCAGCUCCUGACCCUCAAGUAGACCAGCCUAACUAUGUCAAGAUGCUCCAGGAGAUGCCUCCAGUAAAAACAGCAUCACAGCGCUUCCAGGAAGCUGAAGUGCCCUUACCAGCACAGCUACAACCAGUGGACUUUUGGGCUAGGUACCAACCACCACCACCACCAGAACCAGGGCAGAAGCGACUUCCAGAAGAUAUUGAAGCUGAGCUCAGAAAGCAAGAGCAAGAGUUGAAUGAACUUGCUCUCAUAAGUAUAGAGCUACCUGAUAAUGUUCUUUGGUUUGAACCACCAACUGUGGUCAGGUGGGAUGGUGAGAAAGGUUUCUGGUCAACUGAAGACUGUCAUGACACGAAGUUUAAUGAAGAUAAGCAGGUUAUAACAUUUAGGCUUGGGAGGUUUGGUCCAAUAGGCCUUGCUGCUUAUCGUUAUUUUAAUCUCCCAUACCAGUCUUGGGAAAUGAAACCUGACCUCAAGAAUGGGGGAAUAAUAUUGAGCAUAACAGCUACAGUUGUCAUUGUGGAGUUUCAUAUAAAGGGGGACAAGGUGUGCUUAAAUGCCCUGCAGAAUGGUGCAACUAAUGCUCUGCAAGAUAUUGUUGGGACAUACUUCAAACCAUAUUUUCUAAUUAAGCGGAUGAAAAGAGGGGGAGUUGACAUCUUCCCACCAGUUGAUGCCUUUUGUUAUGUGGAAGGUUCUGCACCCAAACACUGUGUGGCAGAGGACCACCUGUAUCACUGCAUGGCACAUGCUUCUAGUGUUUACAACUUUGCCUGGAGUCGCUGGAAUCUGUUAGCUGGGAGACGUAAUAUGAUAUUACAGAUGCGAGAGUAUCUUGACCGUAGGAGACUAGCAAACCACAGUACUCUGCAUGCAACACCUUUGAAAGCCACCCUUGUUGACUGCACCGAGUUCAGCCAGUCAUUUGUAUCAGAAGUAGUUCCUGGCCUAAAGUUUUAUGCAGAUCUUUAUCACUUGCUGCAACAUCAGGCGUCACCACAGGCCAAAAAAAUAAUGAAGGAUGUUUCCUAUUCUCAAGUGCACACGGUGCAUGAAAUGUUGCAAAAAACAAGAGUGCUCAGCUAUUCAUGA